UGUUUUUUUUUUUCGAAAUGGCUACUAAAAAUAAAAGGACAUUGUUAGAACGUUAUGGUAUUCCACUUAACCACUUGGACUUUGAAUAUGUAAAAACAUGUACAAAUGCCAAUGAAAUGGAAAAAAUUGUGCAAAUAUUACGCUCAGGCGAAGAAGGAUAUUACCCUGACCUAACUAAAUCUGCUGAAGAAAAACUGCGUGAAUUACAACCUAACAGCAAACUUUUCAAUUACGAGGAGCAGUUGCGAGAGCGUAGUGCAUUACCGUUGGAUGAAUGGAAACGAAUAUAUAAUUGGAAUCAGGACAUCAAAAGCACGGACCAGAUGUUAAAUGAACUGAGUAUCAGCGAUAAAGAGGAAAAGAAAUUUGAACUGUCUUUUGCUCCUAUACGCAAAGGGGGUAAAAUUUUUGAUAAACAAGAGAAGAAUGACAAUGUUGAAACCAAUUUGAAAUACAUUAAUAAUUCAAAGCGUAUUAAGUCUACAGAUUAUGCGCAAUGGGAUAAGUUCGAUGCAGAAGAAGAAAUACUGCGUAUGGAUUUAGAUGAAGAACGGAAUCUGGAAGAAAUUGAACGAAAAAAUCGCUACAAUCAGAGUACUUAUGGCGAUCAUGAAACAAAGUUUUCAACUAUUAAGGAUGUGGAACAUAAAAGGAAACAGCUUAUAGAGUCUUUGACUGAAUUAGAACAGCAAAAUGUGGCAGAAGAAAUUCGUCUUCGUGGAAAUGAGUGUUUUAGAGUAAAAGACUAUGAUAGCGCAAUUGUGGAGUACACUCGCUCUCUGGAAAUUUAUAAAAAAAAUCCAGCAGCUUUCAACAAUCGUGCAAUAUCUUAUAUCAAGUCGAAAAAGUAUUUACCUGCAAUAGAAGAUUGUAAAUCUUGCUUAGCACUGGAACCAAAUAAUUUGAAAGCACGUCUUCGUCUAGCUCAAGCAAUGUUUGAUUAUGGCAAAAAGCGUGAAUCAUACGACUACUUUCAAAAAGUUUUGGAGGUGGACCCAAAGGAGAAAACUGCGCUUAAAUUUAUCAAUGAGUUACGUCUGCAAUUACCAGACAUACCUCCACCACCCGAUACAACGCGUAUCAAAAUUCAAGACUGUCAGGUAACAAAAAAUAUCACGCAACCAACAACAAACAAUGUUAAACAGAACCAUCCAACAAUUACCAUAAAAUCUACAACUGAGCUGAAGAAAGAUAUCAGAAGUGAUGUGGAUAAAACCAGUGGAAAAACCAAAUCAAAAUGUAAAGAUUACGAUCUUGUUGAGUUGAUUAAACCAAACAAAAUUGUUCCAAACAAGUAUUUGAAAGCAGCUGAGAGUUUAGAAAAAAUUGCAAAACCACUAUGUGCUGCUAAAGAUGAAAGUCCUGUACCUCAGCCAAUUGAACCGUCAGAACGGAAGUUAAUUUUUCCAACUAAUAUUAACAAAUCUCCUCAAAGCAAAAAAAAACUCAUUGAGGAAAUUUAA